CACUCAAACUUCAAACCACAGAUACUUGAAAUCUACGCAGAAUCAAAGACCACUUCAGUUCUCUCAGGAGCCCGACACAUCCAGCACUUUAUGCUAGGAAGGUGCCACAUCCCCAACUAUGACUGACUGGGUUAUCUUCAGUGGAGAUGAUGUCUCCUACCUGAUGGAGAACACCAGCUUCUACCCUGACUACUACAAUGAGAGUGACACCUGCUGCUCUGUCCCACCCUGCACCUCCAAGAGUAUCCAGGCCUUUGACAGGGUCUUCCUGCCAGUCCUCUACAGCCUGCUGUUCCCGCUGGGGCUAUGCGGGAACUGCAUGGUGAUGGCUGUGCUACUGCAGUGCAAGAGGCCCCUGGCUGGGACCGACGUGUUCAUCCUCAACCUGGCACUCGCCGACGUACUGCUGGUGGUGACACUCCCCUUCUGGGCAGUGCAGGCUGUGCACGGCUGGGUCUUCAGCACGGGCACCUGCAAGCUGGUCGGCUCCAUCUUCAAGAUCAAUUUCUACUCCAGCAUCUUCUUCCUGGUGUGCAUCAGCUUCGACCGGUACCUCUCCAUCGUCCACGCCGUGCACAUGUACAAGAGGAACAAGUCUCAUCUGAUGGUGGCCACCUGCCUGGUGGUCUGGGGCGUCUGCAUCCUCUUGACCAUGCCGGAUUUCCUGUACCUGGAAGUCAAGAAGGACUAUCGCCUCAACACCACUUUGUGCUCCCACAACUUCUCCAUCAACACCUCCCUGUACUGGAAAAUGGCCCUGCGCAUCUGCUACCACUUGUUGGGCUUCUUCCUGCCUCUGGCAGCCAUGCUGUACUGCUACACCUGCAUUAUCCACACUCUGCUGCGCUCCCAGGGCUUCCACAAGCACAAGGCCAUGCGGGUCAUCCUGACGGUGGUGGUCGUUUUCUUUUUGUGCUGGACACCCUACCACCUGGCCCUGCUGGCAAACACGCUGAUUGACCUGCAGGUGGUGGGGCGGGACUGUGGCAAGGAGGCCAGCCUGGACAUCACCAUGUCUGUCACUGCCAGCCUAGGCUACUUCCACUGCUGCCUCAACCCCCUGCUCUACGCCUUUAUUGGCAUCAAGUUCCGCAACAAGUUCUUGGAGCUGCUGGGCCAUGUGGGCUGUGUGAGCCGCGAGUUCCUGCACAGACACGGACAGACACCGAGCCAGCGCAAGGAUUCCACCUGGUCGGAGACCACUGAGGCCUCCUACUCAGGGAUCUAGGGGAGAGCUGGGGCUGCAAGGGGCGAACCCCUCCCCAAAGGGGUGUGGGGGAGCUGAGGCUGCAAGGGGCAAACAGGGGGCAAGGAAGGGGGCAAGGAAGGGGAGACGGGGCUGCAAGGGGGAAACCCUUCCCCAAGGGGCAAGGAAGGGGAGAAGGGUGGCAAGGGGUGAAACGCUCCCCUAGGGGCAGGGAAGGGGAGACAAGCAAUCACUAUAAUCAUAGCCAGACACAGCCAGACACCUGUGGUUACCCAGCCUCCUGUGCAGCUCACCACAAGCAGGAGUCCAGGAGGUGUGAGACUCAGAAUGAGCUGGGAAGAAACGGUAACAGAUUUCUGACAGGCUGGUGCAAUCGCCGAAUCUCUGUGGAUCCUAGGUGCAGGUGCCAGAGGUUGUACACGUGGUUUCCAAGCAGGCCAUGGGUCCGUCCUUUCCCCUAAGUCAGUUACCAGGUGCCAAGUGCUGAGCCGUUUCAGUCAAUGCAGCGAGGCUGCAAUUUCAGGGGCUUCAGAUCAUCAUAACAAGAGAGUCUGGAGGUUUCCUACUGAGGACAUUAGUCUGGCUGGGACAGACAGGGCCAGGUACUGCAGCAGGGCAGGCCAAUGCUGCAAUGUAACAGCCCCGGUACAUACUGGCUGCACACAACAAAGGGACUCACCGACCUCCCGCAAAACCAGCGCUUGGAUCCAGGGCCAGCUCUAGGCAUCAGAAAACCAAGCUCAUGCUUGGGGCGACACUUUUCAAGGGGCAGCACUCUGCCCCCCCCUUUUUUUUUUUCUUUUUUUUUGCUUCGGCGGCACUCCUUUUUAUUUUUAUUUUUUUUGCGCUUGGGGCAGCAAAAAACCUAGAGCCGGCUCUGCUUGGAUCAGAGUCUCUGAGUCUCAGCCCAGUGCUCACUCCUCCAACACCCUCCCUGCUCUCUGCACCCCUUAUGCUUACAAUGAUAGCCCCAUUAUUUUUCUGACUGUAGCAUCUAGGAGCUCUAACCAUGGACGAGGCCCGCAUCAAGCAAGGCACUGUACGAACACAGAAGAAAAACAGCCCCUGCCCCACCAGCCAAUCACUUUCCUCUUCCAGUUCAAGUCGUUGCUGAGAUACUCACAACCAAACACACACCCAGCCCUACAUAACCUCCCCCAAACACACACACUCCUGACAGCCCCACACCUCCCCCAAACACACGCAUCUCCCCCAACUCCCACUCCCCACUGCCCCCAACACACACACCCAAAUAACGGCAAGGGGCAAUCCCCAUGCUACUUGGUAGGGCGACAGUCCCUGGUGCGUUAGACCCAUCCUGUCUGAGAGGGUGAGCUCUGUGGAGCCAUAACACUUUCUGCAUUUGUGCCCCCCCUCCAGCCCCCCAAUCAAGGUGUCUUGGCGCAGCCUCCCCAGACUUCUCCGCUUCCAGCAAUUGCCCUCCUGCAUUAACAGUUAAGCGAAGCUUUUUGCUGUGAGACUAGUCCGUGUUCUCUAGCCAAACUGAGCGUUACUGAGAGAACACCCUGCACCACUCCCUUCUCUGUCCCUCGUCCCAUGAGGUAGGGUUACUCUGCUCAGGCCCCCAGCAGUACUCUGAGUAGAAGCAUCAGCUUCUAGCCCAGGCAACAGUGACUUUGCUCCCAGUUCAGGCUGUGUUUGUAUUUCAUUGACAAAUGCAAACAGGCUUCAGCCUGUGCUGAGCAAAGGAGCCCCUGCUGGUGACUCCCUCCUGCCCGCCCCUGGGGUGAACAGGGAUGAUUCUCACUGGCUGUUUGCCCAGUCUUAGGAAGGAUACCCUAUGGGCAGACAAAGAUGACUCAGGGCUGCCAUUCUGUGCAAUCUUCUCCAGCUGUGAGGAAAGGAUCCAGGAAUGGCAAGUGUCAGGGACUCUGCAUCUCUCAGGGAUGCGGGAACACUCCAGGAGAACAUGAUGCUGCAAUAGCAUGAACACAGACACAUUAGCAAUGUAAGGAGAUCAGUGGGGUGAAGGAGCAUAAGAAACUCUGCAGCCACCCAAAGCCCAGCAGGGGUCCCCUCUCCUACCGGGGCAAUCACUUUAUAGUCUAGCGCUUUGUAGCAUUUGCUCCUGCUUGAAAAGCUUAUUUCAUAUGACUCUUAUGUUGCACUUUCACAGAGGUUUAUAUUUUCUUGUGCAUUUUCUUCCUAAUAAAAAUUAACAACUAUUCUCACCUGAGACAGAGAUUGUUUGUUUUCUAAAACACAUUUACCAACCAACUUGGCUGAAUAAUGUAAGGAGCAAUGGUCUACAGGUGCUUUCAGGCAGGAAAGAGUGAGUUAUCCUGUUUCCCACUUAGGGGUUACACCUCUGUGUGCUGCUGGAAUAGAAACAAGAGCUUGCGCCUUUACUUUGGCUGGCAGACCUCCCUCCCGUACUGGGUAAGGCCAGGUGACAGAGUGGCUAAAACACUGGCAGCCCCCGGGAGCUAUCUCAACCCACACCCCCAGCAGUGCUAUCAGGAACAAUGCUGAGCUGUGGUAUCAAUGGGGGGCAACUUUAGCCAAGAAAGUCAUAGAGAGAGCAAAAAGAAAAGGAGUACUUGUGGCACCUUAGAGACUAACCAAUUUAUUUGAGCAUAAGCAUAAGACAUUGAGCAUAAGAGAGCAGUGACCCUGAGCUGCAGCUUGUCUCCCCAGUUCUUCCCCUGCUCAGGAACCAGCACAAACUCGGGCCAGAUAUUCCUCAAUUCCCAAAUUGCUCCUGAAGAGAGUCAACAAGAGCCAGGAUUAGCCCCAGUGUUAACCCCAUUAUGGCAGGCAGGGAUCAGAGACAGGCCUCCUUUUUCGGGCUACUUUAGCACCAUCUUAUGGGCCGCAUCAGGCACUGCCAGUCCCCAAGCCAUAUUAUCUAUCUUGUCUCCUAGGCGCCUGCAGUGCUCUGCAGAAAGAGGAAACCACUGUCCGCUCCAGAGAGGUUUCAACAGUACAUCAGUAUGUGCUGCACAUGUCAAAGUGCAUUACUGACAGGAGCGCCUUGAGACUCAAAACCACAGACGGCCCCAGGGGGAGGAGCCCAUCAGGACAGCAGCCGUUUUGGACUACACCAGCUACCCAGACAUCAGUGAGGACACUGCCCCCUGCAGGCUGGAUGCGGUCGAAACCAGUGUUGCAGAACGGCGGAGGUCAAGGAAUGCCAGUCUAUUAAUAGGGUUUUGGAGCAGAGAUUAUGAAUACUGUAGACCUGGAGGAAUGUGUAUAUUAGAAGAUAAGUGUGAAGGCCAUCACCGGAUGUAAAGGCGACAGGAGAUUGCAACAUGCCCCUAUUGAGAUGUCAGAGGAUGGCAGAUUGACAACUCUAAAAGAUGUGGCAGGCACCCAUCAAUGGGGACAAGAUAGCUGUGAUCCAAACUAGCAUGGGGUAACUCUCUGAGAGACUGAUGAAAGAACAAGAUAAAGGAUGAGAAAAACAAUUUAAGAAAACAAGCACUCCAGCAAUUGGUUACAGCAUGACAGUGCAAAACUCAUGGGUCCCAGUGAAGGAAAAUCACAAUAUAAACAGGGGGCCUUGCCAUAAAACGUUGGUUUCAUCCUGCCAAGACUUCCCCGGAGCAUCUUGUUGCGACGGACAGAACCUGGCUCCUGCCUACCCGUGAUCAAUCUAGCUGGCCACUAGAUUGAUCCAGACUCUGGACUGGUAACUAUAACAUCGACUGGCAGGACAGUGUGUGUGUGUGUGUGAUUGAAAGCAUAUGCUAAUUGUUGUAUCUCCAAUAAUCGGGGCGUGUUGCCUUUUCCCCUCAAAAAGAUCCCGUGUGUUUCUUAUAAGCAUAACAUUUUUGGUGGAGAAUUGCGAAAGGGGGAAGACAUGCAAUGUGAUUGUUGAAAAUAUUGCUAAAAGUGAUUGUAUGUAUGUACAUAUGUAUAAAGUGAUUGAUCAUUCAGGUGUGCACACUCCUGGUCAUAGAAGUGCCGGGCAAUAGGGGGAGGAUUAGAUUCCUUGCUCCUACCCAUCUAUCAGGGAAAAAUUGCAUAGGUGAAUAUAUCCUCGGUCGUAGCAGGAUUGAGCCCAAAAGGUACGGGACUUAGCUUCCCCCCCCUCCAGCUCUGUCAGGCAGAGUUUUUAGUGGGUAUAGACUUUUUGUUUUGUAAAUCCCAGCACAAAGUGUGGGCAAAUUAGGAGUAGAUUUCUGUAAGACCUCACUCUGAAAGAUAUAUGAGUGUGGGAUAUUGUUGUGAUUUCACAAUUUUAAGAAAAAUGUUUAAGAAAAGGGACCAGGAGGGGUGGGGGCUAGUUGAGGAGCCCACCCUCCUUGCUAAAUGGUUAGUGGGACAAAGCCAGUGCCCACGGGAAGGGACAGUUCAGCGAGGAAAGCAGGAUCGGGCCCAAACAAGUAGGCAGGCAACAGAUAAAGAGAUUGGAAAACUGGUUGGGAGCCCUGAGGGGCAUAGUGGGAGGAGUAAGGGAAGCAGUAAGCACAGGCAAGGGGAUUUCAGAUCCCUGGGACAAUAGUUGGAAUGGUAAAAUCUGAGAUGAUGAAGGUGUCAUUCUGGGAGAUAAGCAAGUGAUUUAAGGAAAGAGAGUGAGAAGUUAACUCUGCAGAGGCUGGAGAGAAUUAAGCAGCUCAAUGUUGUAAAAAUGUUAAAAAGGAAAAGUGUUAUAGAAAGAUAAUUCUUAGUUUCUUUGCAGCCAUUCUGAAGGAAAAAUGGGCCCUUUUCCAAAGGAAUGUCUGUAAAUCAACCAGGCAAAGAGACAGUCUGAUUUAAGUCAUUUGACUAUGAACAAUUUAGUCAAAUUCGCUAAAAGAACAUAAGGGGCUUCUAUUGGAACUUACCUGCUCCCAAAUGUAUACAAAUGUAAUCUAUGUACAGCUGUGUAAAAAUUAAAGCAGAGCAAGGGAUGUUAAGAAAAAAAGAAUGUGUGUAUAAAUAUAUUGUGUAAAUAUCUGGAGUGUUUAUAACCUGAAGCAACACUCCUGGUUUCCCCUUAAAGACUAACAGAUUUAUUUGGGCAUAAGCUUUUGUGGGUAAAAAACCCACUUCUUCAGAAGCAGGGAGUGAAUUGACACAUGAAGAGAAGGAAGUUACCUAACAAAUGGAGAACAAGUGUUGGCUAACACUGUUUCUCCACUUGUUAGGUAACUCCCUUCUCUUCAUGUGUCCAACACUGGUUUUCCGCUUGUUAGGUAACUCCCUUCUCUUCAUGUGUCAGUAUAAUAAUAAUAAGGUGCCACCGGACUCCUCAUUGUUUUUGUGGAUACAGACUAACACGGCUACCCCCUGAUACUUGACUCCUGGUUUGUAAAACUCUUGUUUUGUAGGUUUAAGAUAAAUUGGUUUUGUUUUGUUUUUAAACAACACCACUAAAAUCCAUUUGAAUCUUUCAUUCAAAGUUGCAAAACUGAGAAAUGCUUUUUGCCAGACACAGGUAACGAGUGUUGUUUGGCUUUGGUAUUUAGCAUUUAACCCUUAAGGUACCUUAGCCCUGGUCUACACUAGGACUUUAGGUCGAAUUUAGCAGCGUUAAAUUGAUGUAAACCUGCACCGGUCCACACGAUGA